AUGGCUCAGGAGCCCAGCAGUGACGCCAGGGGCUUCUCUCCCAGCCCAGGGCCCUGGCAGUCAGACCUAAGUAAUGGGUCUGUGUCCCCAGCAGAGGCGAAUGCCACUGGGAACAUCACACAGACCCCAUUAGGUGAUGACAAGUCCUCUUUCAAUUACAUGAUCAUUGUUAAGGCUGUGGUUCUGUUGAUCGACCUCUUUGGGUUGGUGGGGAACGGGACGGUCAUCUGGCUGCUGGGUUUCCGGGUGAAGAGGAACCCCUUCUCGGUCUACGUCCUCAACCUGGCCAUCGCGGACUUCACCUACCUCUUAUGCAUGGCAGCCACCCUGUUCGUUGCCAUCACUGUCACUGAGCAUCUGAAGAUGUUCAUCCUGCCUGUGCUGUCCACGUCCUACCUGGCGGGGAUGUUCCUGCUCAUGGCCAUCAGCACGGAGCGCUGCAUCUCCGCGCUCUUCCCGAUCUGGUACCGAAGCCACCGCCCCGCCCACCUGUCGGCCAUCGUGUGCGCGGUGCUUUGGGGACUGUCCCUCUGUCUGGGGACAUUGUGGCUUUUCUGUGACUUUUCUAUGGAAUUGCCAUGUAAGCACAGGUUCCUGGUCUACAUCGUGCUGUUCUUCAUCACGCUGCUGGAGGUCUGUGUGUCCAGCCUGACCCUGCUCCUCCGCAUCCGCUACGGCUCCUCCCGGAGACACUCCACCAAGCUCUACCGGGUCAUCCUGCUGGCCGUGCUGGCCUUCCUGGCGCUCGGGCUGCCCCUCAACCUAGGCUUUCUGGUCACAAUCCUGCAACCGGAACCGUUAGAAUUUUACCGGUUCAUAUACAUCUUCUACAUCCCGUCCGUCCUGAACAGCACCGUUAACCCCGUCAUCUACUUCUUUGUGGGGAGGCAGGGCCAGCUGCCGGGCCGAAAAGCUCUCCGGGACGUGCUCCAGAGCGCGCUGACGGAGGACACAUAG